AUGCCGUUCAUGAUAGGCAGAGCACCCAUUCGUCGCACAGCCAAGUACUUAAGCGCUGGCAAACUAGUGUUAAAAGACAAGAUAAAAAUAUUCUCCGUAGCUUACAAUAUCAUGGGCAAAAAUAAUGCGGGCGCGAAGGAUUUCGUCUUUUGGUAUUUACCGCAGAUACAGUACAAAAACCCGGACGUCCAAGUGGCCACAUUAAAGAAUUUAACACCUACACCCUUCAUCAGAUGUUAUUUAGAAGACGGAAAGCAAAUAUUGGUUGACAUAGAUAAUAAAUCGAAAGAGGACAUCUUAGAACACCUAUUACAUACAGUUGGUAAGUCUAAGGACAUUCUAGAAGCUGAGGCGAUAGCUGCGGAGAAGAAAGACAACCCAGCAAACUUUGGAGCUGGGUGUGAUAGAGCUUGUAUGUGCGAAAUAUAUGGACAAGUCCCUUGUUCGGGUGUUGUAACAUUGCCAAAAGCUAUGAGAGGUAAAUUUAAGAAUGCAGAUCGUUAA